UAGUGAGGUGCUGAGCGGCGUGUGUGUCGGCGGAGCCUCGCCAUGCCUUCCCUCCACCACGGGGCCGUUUUCAUCGGCGUCUUUCUCAUCGUCACCGGCGGCUCCACUGCCUUCCUCACGUCCAGCCAGAGCAGACUGCAGGCGUUCAGCCUCUGCUGCGUGGUGCUGGGAGCCGUCAUGCUCAUUCUGGGGCUCUUCUGGGCCAUGAACGGCAAAAGCAACCCCGUCACCUACACUGCCGACUACACACACGACUACAGCCAUGUCCUCUUCACCCCGCCGCCGGGGAGCCGCUUCCCUGAGUCCCAGUCCGUCUUUCUGAACAGAACUCUGGAGAGGCACAGACGAGGGAUGUACAAUGAAGAUUUUGACUACCCUCCCAUGGAGUCCACUUGCUUCAGUCCGUCUGGUCGAGCACAGCCUCCCCACUGGGAGAUGGAGCCACCGCCUCCUUACGAAGUAGCCAUCAAAACCACGUGCAGCUCCACGCACCUACGACGCAGCUACUCGGACACUCUACUGCCCACCGAACCGCUCUUCAGCCGCUCCCGAGAGAUCAGCUUCGAAGUGUAAUAGGGCUCUGACUGCCAAUUAUCCCCACUGGCCCUGCCCCUUACUUAUACAGACAACCAGCAUUGAGGAACACAUCUCAAUGAUGUCACCUUAAGCCCUUUGCACUGCAAAUACAUUUUUUAUCCUUACUUAUUCUGACCCACCUCAUUUCAUUCCAAGUAUGGUCAAAACAGUUUGCCAUACUGAUCUGCAUUAUUAUGAUCUUCACUAUUGCUAAUGAUUAGAAAUCAUGGCCUAAUUUUCAAAGCUAAGAGGUUCUCUCCACAUGCAGCUGUGUCAGCAGAUACUGAUUAAACAAAUUACCCAGAAUGUUCUAGAAAAAAAAUACGCUCCACCCACAGUAAGUCAUUCUCAGAUUCCACCCCAAGUAACAUGCAUGAAUCACAAUCGCUGCUUGAAUUCGCUGGUUAAGAGCACACUGAUUUGCUGGUGGCACAAGUCGUUCUUACAGGACAUUCAGAAAGUUUUUACUGGACCAGUGAAAAUUUACUUACAUUCACUUGCACAAUGCAAACUCAAAACAAGAUUUAGGGCCAGUUACUCAGCCCCAGAUUAAGCCUAAGAGUAAACUUCCAAGAUUUCUACUAGUCUUUCACCAUUAGCAUUGAAGCCUAUACCAGAUGUAAUCCUUGCCAUAGAAACUGACCCCCUGUGUUUAAUAAACCAAAUAAAAAAAAACAGUCCUGCUGAAUCAGAAGCACAUGUUCCACCAGGCCAUAAACAAGCAUAUAAGAUGGACAUUUUUGGAAAUAUACCAAUUGCUAUUCCUUGUGCAUUGCUGCGGUUAGUAAAAUUGAAUUGACUGCUGACAUAGUGGCAAAGCCCCUCCCAAUGGAUCAUGUCUCCUUGUUCAGACUUUCGCUGAGAACUGACAGCCCCUACAUGGAACACAUUAGGGCAAAUGCAAUCCAGUGUACAAUUAGGUUUGUCAUAAAUGGGCUUUUUUUCCCACGGAGGAAAUGGACAAUGGGAGAAACUUUGAUUUGCGAUGUACCGUAAAUGUAGACCAGUGUGUGGUAAUGGAAAGCAUCGCUGAUCUGAUCUAAAAUGACCGCAGUGCAUUACCAGGUUUUCUAUUACUCCAAGGGCCUGUUAGGGUUUUUUUUUUAAUACUGUCAAACGAGACAUUUUCAGUGACUGCUUCCUCUGACCACUAAAGUUACAUAAAAAUAUGUGCCUCCGUUAUUAAAUACACUAUAGGUGCUUUGCACAUACACUAUGCACUUCUUUUGCAAAGAAUAUACAGGAUAUAUGUUGUGCAUGUACUCAGAGUCUGCUUAGUCACUAAGUUUUUUUUGGUUGUUUUUUUUUUUGAACAAUUAAAGGGGAAACAGCAAGUAUGAAAUCAUA